AUGCAUUUGGUUGUUGAUUCCUCAAGCUUUAUUGAAGCUGACCCACUCGGGGAUGAAUUAUGUGGUCACAUGAUUCGUCUGUUUGAAAUACUUGAAAUGCCUAUUGUGACCUUGGGCAAGCUAAGUGGGGAAAGCUCGGCCAAGUAUCAAGAUGAUUAUGGCGAGUGUCUUCAAGGUGUUUGCAAUCACUUGAAUAAACAUGGAACCAGAGAAAUGCUGUAUCUGAGCCAUGAUAUACCGCGUCAAGAUUCCAAGUUAUUUCAGGUCAUGAAAGAUUUCUGGACCAAUUGGGACGUCUACUUAUUAGGAGACUUUAUUUCCGCCGAGCUGUACGCUGACGCUACCUCAGAAACAACUCGCAGGCAGCACCUCAUCUUAACUAGCGCUGUAUCACUACCGUUCGAAAUUUUGUACACGGCUCUUCAUCCUAAGUUUUCGGAUGUUAGCAAAUUGAUUGUGAAGCCUCUGAUUGAGCUAAAACGGAAGCAAUACUCACGUGAGGAGACACUCCAGAGUACCCUGAAGAGUGAUAGAGACCUUGGGUUUGUAGAUUCCAAGACUACCAUCCAGAUUGAUCCUUCCAAGUCACGUAUUGCCCUUUUCGUGUGCGAUGUGCAAGACAGAAUACUGAAAGGUUUGAGCAACGUCAGUGAAUCUGGUGUGAAGGAGCUGGUCGAUCAUAUAGGAAAUUGCAUAACCUGGGCCCACAAAACACCGCGCAUCGACUUGGUAGUGACCGCACAAAUUCCAGAGAAGCUAGGACCGGUUAACUCCACGAUACUGGAGGCCCUGAAACCCCCACCGGCCUCUGGCAAAUCUACUACCGCAGUGGUGCCCAAAACGUCCUUCAGUGCGGGAAAAUAUUUAGCCGACUACGACACCGUUAUUAUCACCGGGAUCGAGACGCACAUCUGCAUUCUGUUAACUGCAUUGGAACUGACCGGUAACCAGCAGGCUAUUGUCGUAAGGAACGCCAUUGCCAGCAGCACACCAUUCGACGACUGGAUUGCACUGCUGAGACUAGGUAAACGGCCCAACGUGAGGGUUAUAGAGUCCGUUGAUCUCAUAGAAAUCUCGAAGUGA